CAGCAUACAUUGUAUGGCUUGCAACACCUGCCGGUAGCUUGUGAUUGUCAUUGUGAUUGAUUGAUUGUUCGUUCUCUCACCCCUCCCGUGCCCGCGGUUCCAUCUCAUCCUGUCGGUACCUGUACCCCAGCUGCGGUAGUCUUGUCGUCUAUCAAUAUAUUUGUCAACUGGUCUUACCUAAACUCUGUGACAUCGAAUUCUCAGAAAUUGCGCAUGUUGAUUACCAUGAUUUGAUCUCAUUACCCACCUUUCCUUCUUUUUUUUUUCCCCGCCUCGUCGCCUGUCGCCAAUUCUUGUUUCAUAGCUCUAACGCAUCACAAUGUCAAGGUCGGAUUGGAAUCGGCCCAGGUGUGCCGACCAGCACCUCACUCAUCCUAUAGGCGGAAACGUCUAUUAUAGACCAGCAGUUGAAGAGCGCAGGAAUCCUGCUGGCCAAUCGUUCCCGAGUCCUCAAAUUCAAUCACGGUCUCGUCGACACAAUACGAUUCACAUUCUGUCCUAUCCUUCAGGUUAUAUUCCGGAAGAAGUAAGAGCCGAUUUGGCCAAGUGCAGAAAGGCUGCCAAAACGAAAAAGAAGAACAAUAAAAACAACGAAGCAGCAACGGAAGUGGAGGAGGCAGCUAUUAGCAGGUCGUCUAGGCGAGUUUUUGAGAAAGUCUUGGCUCCAUUCAAGCUCUCCAUACCGCAAUCAGUUGGCGCCGACGCUCCAUCACCAGCUACCGACCAUUCACCUAUUUCACCCGAGAGAGAGCGACCGCUGUCUAUGAUUACAGUACCACCACCUGGCACGGCCCCCUUGGCCAGUACUACAAUGUCUGAGACGCGUAGGGCGUCUGUUGUGGGCACAGCGCUCCAUAACGCUCACCGCAAUAGCGUAAUAUCGGUCCGUUCAGCCAAGAGCAUCAUGAGCUCAGUAACCGAAGUUCCAAAGCCGGUAGCCAGUGGAAGCGGUGUUCAAUGCUCGAUAAUUCUUGCUGAACCCAACAUCUUCCUCACUGGCUUCGACCACGACGCUCAUACGCGCCACCAAUCUGCUAACUCCACUGCGCUUCUCCGAGGCAAAUUGCGGCUCGACAUCACCAAGAACGUAAAGUUGAAGUCAAUCACUCUCAAACUGCAUGGAAGAGCUAGGACGGACUGGCCUGAAGGAAUUCCACCUAUGAAGAUAGAGCAACAUGAAGAGGUCUCAUUGCGGACGCAGGUGUUGACUUUUUUCCAUGCCAUGCAUGAGACUUGGGAAACCGAGUUCGGCAACCAGUGCAUCUAUUCGUUAAAACGUUGCUCAGAGAAUACGAACAGAACUUUGUCGAUACCCACGCCAUCUACCAUGUCAACGGCAUUGAAUCGAGGCUCCUCUUCGAACAUGAAUGCCCGGGACUACAAGCGAUUGUCCCUCCAGUCUGUUCAGUCUAGAAGUUUUGGGAAAGGAGAUUUGCAAAGUACCGAAACGGCACAUUCUAGGACCUACAAGACAUUCUAUCCUGGCAAGUACGAAUACACAUUCGAGCUUCCCAUUGACCACCACCAACUGGAGACUACAAAGCUCCAGUUCGGAUCCGUCAAGUGGGAUUUAGAGGCGACUGUAGAGCGAGCAGGUGCCUUCAAGCCCAACCUUCAUGGGUCCAAGGAAGUUCGCAUUGUACGGGUUCCCGAUCAGCUUUCGCUUGAGAUGACAGAGCCGAUCUCAAUAAGUAGGCAGUGGGAAGACCAGCUUCACUAUGAUAUCAUGAUAUCGGGAAAGUCUUUCCCAAUUGGCACCCAAAUUCCAAUUGCAUUUAAGCUUACACCGUUGGCCAAGGUGCAUGUUCAUAAGCUCAAAGUAUACGUCACCGAAUCGGUAGAGUAUUGGACAAAUGACCGAAGAGUCACUCGAAAGGACCCAGGUCGUAAAAUACUAUUGUUUGAAAAAGCAGCUGGAAAGCCUCUGGAUAGGCAGUAUGCAUCAUCCGAGAUACGGGUACUGAGUGGUGGCGAGCUUUCACCUGAUCAAAGACACGAGGCACGAGAGGCAGCUCAGAGGCGCAGGGGGUUUGACGCUUCCUUGCCGGAGACUUCAGAAAACAUGCUCGGGGAUUUAGACUUGGGGUUAGAGUCCUAUUGGGGAUCAACUGAGAUGGAAAUGAAUGUCCAAAUCCCAACCUGUGAACAGAUGGCGAAAGACAGAAACCUGCGUCUUCACCCAGACUGCAGUUGGAGGAAUGUUAAUGUCCACCACUGGAUAAAGAUCGUCAUGCGCAUCUCUAGGCUUGACCCCGAUGACCCAGCGGGCAAGAAACGUCGCCAUUUCGAGAUCAGCAUCGACUCGCCUUUUACCGUACUCGAUUGCCGCGCGACGCAAGCAAACACGGCCCUUCCUGAGUACUCAGGUUCUGAACGACCGAUAUACCAUCAACAGACUAGUUGUGGUUGUCCCGAUGCCGAAGUCCUCACAACCAACCCCAGCCCAGCAUCUAGCACGGGCACUAUACCGUCAAUCGAAGCCAACUCAAGCAUUACAUUACCACCCGCGGCCCACGUCCAACAGCAUCCUGCAGCAGGCUCUCAACCGGUUCAGCGACCAAUGCAUCUGAUUCGUCAGCCAAGCCACAACCCUCCCGCAUUUGACGCUGACGACCCUCCACCUCCAUUGCUCACCCCCCCUCCCCAAUACGACCUCGUCGUUGGAACACCCAGUGUAGAUGGCCUGGCCGAUUAUUUUGCGAGACUGGCCGACUAUGGUGGCGACUCCGAUAGUGAAGAUGAGGACGUGACGAUGCAAAGGAGCCGACUAAUGGAGCGCACGGGGCGUGUUAACGUACCGCAUCCUACACCCGGCGGGCGAGCAGUGGGAAGCCGAAGCCUCGAAAUCCGACGCCCUCCGGUACCGGAUGCGCUGCACAUAACAGGGGCGCUUCAGCAACGAAGAGGUUAGUUGCCAAACUUCGGUUGCGGGAUCUGCGAAUCUGUGCUUAACCGUCCCCGUUACGGCGCGACUUCUCUCGCUUCGGACAGUCUAAUUGAAUCACAUUAACUUUCUUUACAAUUUUUCAUA